CCUGAUGCUAAGUGAGAGGAAGAAGAAGAAGAAAAAAAAAGGCUGCAGCUAACGUUGCCUUUUGUGAAGCAGCUGAGCGAGAGCAGGAGGGCGGCUGUGUGCAGCAUGAGUGCCCGCGAUCUGUGCCCGCUGCCCCGAGCGGACUGUUGCUGUUGAGAUGGAGUCAGUGUUUCUCAGUCUCUCCCUGAGUCUAGUCUUCAUAGUAGCAGGAUGGGGAAACAAGACUGGAAUGGUCCUGGCAACAUAUCACAGGACCUGCAAACUAGUGCACAGAGCUGUGGAUUGCAAUCGGAGAUGGCAAGGCACAGUCCCGGAAGACCUCCCAGCUGACAUAGAGGUGCUUUUCCUGGAUCACAACACUAUACGGACCCUAAAGAAUAUCUCUCUGCGGCAAUACCAAAAUCUGGAGACACUGAGCCUGCGUGAGAACAGACUGGAACUUAUUGAACCUGGGGCCUUCCUUGGCAGCAGAGACCUCAAAAAUCUCUUCUUGGCAGACAAUACCCUCUUUACAAACUACUCUGUGACGGCUGCUGCUCUUCGCUCCUUACAAACCUUGAGGAAACUGGACCUGUCUGGGAAUCAUCUCACUGAGGACAUGGUGACUACCAUGCUCUGCAAUCUGUUCUCCUUGGAGUCCUUGUCGCUGGCCAGGAACAUCAUAAUGCGCUUGGACUCCUCUGUCUUUGAAAGCCUGAGCCAGUUGCAGGAGCUGAACCUGGAGAAGAACUACAUCUAUGAGAUCGAGGGGGGCACCUUUGAAGGCCUGCAGGGUCUGAAGAUGCUUAAUCUGGCCUACAACUAUAUUCCCUGCAUUGUGGAGUUUGGUCUGACCCAGCUGAAGAUGCUUAAUGCCAGCAACAACAUCAUCGAGUGGUUUCUGGCUGUAGAAGGCGAUGCUGUCUUUGAGCUGGAGAUGCUAGAUCUCUCCCACAACCGGCUCCUGUUCUUCCCGCUACUACCAAGACAGAGCAAACUGCGCUCCCUGCUGCUGAGGGACAAUGAGAUGAGCUUUUAUCGCAAACUUCCCAAUGCUACGUCCCUCAUGGAUGUCACAGUGCAGUUCCUUCUUAUAGAGGGCAAUACCACUAAUAUCACUACCCUCAGUCUCUGGGAAGAGGUCAGCCUGAGCAAUCUCUCUUCCUUGAACUUUCUGGAUAUGAGCCAGAACCAGAUUCGGUACCUCCCUGAUGGCUUCCUGGGAAGGAUGACUUCCCUGUCUCAUCUGAAGCUUAACCAGAACUGCUUAGAGACCCUUCACAUCCAGGAGAGAGAACCCCUGGGCAUGCUCACGGACCUUGAUCUCAGCCAGAAUCAGCUUUCAGAACUGCACGUGGAUCUAGGUUCUGAAGGCACCCUUUCAAACCUCAGAUCAUUUAAUCUGAGUGCCAAUAGGUUGCAGAGGGUGCCGCCUAACAUUUUCACCCACACAGAGAUCACUAUAGUUGACCUCAGUCACAACCACAUAGACCUGUGUCCCCAGCAAGCUAAUGCAAAUGGGGCUGAAUAUCCCAUCUGCAUAGACUUAAGGAAUGUAACAUCCCUCAGGAAACUUUACUUGGCUGGGUGUGGCCUGGAAAUGGUGGCUAGCAAUACUUUCAGUGGGACAUCACUAACACACUUAGAUCUGUCUAACAAUCAGAGAGCACUGGCUAGGGGCCUACAACCUCUAAAAGAUAUUGCACUAAUGCUGCAGGUUUUAUCUCUCAGGAACACUGGCCUCUCUUCCACCAUGGAAGACAUUGACUUCUCUGGCUUUCAGAACUUGGUAAAUUUGGACCUCUCUGAAAACUCCCUGACUAGCUUCCCAGAGUCUUUGAGUGGUCUGAAACUGCAUACCCUGGACCUCCGGAGAAACCGUCUUCCCUCUCUUCCACAGCACUCAAUGCAGAAGCAACUUGGGAGGAGUCUGAGUGUGCUGUACCUCAGCCAGAAUCCAUUUGACUGCUGCAAGCUGGAGUGGUGGGACUUCCUUCACAGUCUCAGGACAGUGCGUGUUGUGGACAGGGGCCAGGUCACCUGCAACUACUCCUCUAACAUUAUUAAUACAGUGGGGCUGCCGGAGUCUGUGCUCCAGAGCUGCAGGUGGAUGACAGUGAAUAUGGCUUUGUUGUACCUGGUGCUUACUCUCCCUGCCUGCCUGACCCUGCUAGUUGCCUUUGCUGUCAUCUUCCUUACUUUCAAGCACAAGCUGCUUCAAAUGGUGAAAAAACAGUACAGAGUGUCCAGCCCAUACUGAUCUCUGGGGGCAAAGGAGUAGGCUGUUGGCACACAGAAUGCAGACAGAGCAGUAACUCUGUGAUUGAUGUGAGGGGCCGAGAGGAGAGUGAGCAGGGGUGCUUUGGAGGGAGCAGCCAGGAUACUGGCUCUCUGAUGUUCUCGUUGCUGCAUUUUGAGUGCAUCGCUUCCUGUUGCAUGUUCUCCCAUUGCCCUGCGCAGGGGUAGGGCCUUCUGCCGGGAGGCACAGUGGAGGCACUUGGAGUUUAAGUCAGGGAGCACAGGGUUCAACAUGGAGUCAGAAGGCAAGAGAAUGGAUAAUUAGUGAUUGGAGUAAAGAAAAUGGAUUUUAAGACACUGAAGAUGAGUAACUGGGAGAGAAAUUCAGAAGGGAAAGGUGAGGAUCAUGAUGAGGAAGAGCUGAACAUAAAAUUGGAAAGGGCAAAUAUUAAGAAAAAUCAAUGAGGCAGCUGCAAAGUAGACUCAUUGGAUGCCAGGGAGUGAGAGGCAGGCAAGAUCAUCACCCUUUGCUAGAGACUUCACUGGUGACUAAGGAAGGGAGUUCAGGGUAUAUAAGUCCUGUGAAAUACACCUCUACACCGAUAUAACGCUGUCGUCAGGAGCCAAAAAAUUUUACUGCAUUAUAGGUGAAA